AUGCUGAGCUGUGGCGGUGAGGCCACCCAGGCCGUUAUGAAGGGGCCUGGAGUGGUGAUGCCGUGGUCAAGGCGGCUAUCCGCCUUGAUUGGAGAUGAGAGGGGUAGAUUGGAUGGAUGGGCGGUGAGAAGGGCCAAAGAAGAAGGAUUGGAAGAAUUGAUAGAUGAUAAGAAUAGUGAGGAAAGUGAGAAUAAUGGAAAGGAUUGA